CAGUGGCUGUGCGGGAGUGGGGAAGAGAAGCGUAGAGGACCAGUCGUUGGUGGGCGGCUGGCCGGCUGAGGCCUUGCCGGGAAAGGGGGUCUGGGGCGGAGAAGGGGAAGAGAGGGCCGCGGCUUCUACAGGCCCGGGCUCAGCCGUCCGCUCCGGGGCGAGGCUUCCGCGCGGCCGUCUGCGGAUCCGUCCGCCGUACCUGGUGCCGUCCCCGCCCCUUUCUUGGCCUGGGCCCCGGGCCCUGGCUGCCACCUCUGCCAUUGCUGCCUGGGGGAGGCGGGGCUCGGGCCGCUCUGGAUGGUGGCGAAAAUGAUCAUAGAAAACUUCGAGGCGCUGAAAUCCUGGCUCAGCAAAACCUUAGAGCCCAUAUGUGAUGCCGAUCCAUCAGCACUAGCUAAGUACGUUCUUGCUUUGGUGAAGAAGGAUAAAAGUGAGAAGGAAUUGAAGGCGUUGUGUGUUGAUCAGCUGGAUGUAUUUCUUCAGAAAGAGACCCAAAUAUUUGUUGAAAAACUUUUUGAUGCUGUGAAUACAAAGAGCUAUCUACCUCCACCAGAGCAACCAUCGUCAGGAAGCCUGAAAUUGGACUUCUUUCAGCAUCAAGAAAAAGAAACGAAAAAGGAGGAGAUAAUUAAGGACGACGAGCGAGAGAAGAAGUUUUCUCGAAGGCUGAAUCAUAGCCCGCCUCAAUCAAGUUCACGGUACCGAGAAACCAGAAGCAGGGAUGAAAGAAAGAAAGACGAGCGUUCUCGCAAGAGAGAGUAUGAUCGGAAUCCUCCCCGAAGAGAGUCCUAUAGAGACCGCUACAACAGGAGAAGGGGCCGGAGUCGGAGUUACAGCAGGAGUCGCAGUAGAAGCUGGAGCAAGGAAAGGUUGCGGGAUCGAGAUAGAGACAGGAGCAGGAGUCGCAGCAGAAGUAGAACAAGAAGCAGAGAAAGGGAUCUGGGGAAGCCCAAAUAUGACUUGGACAGAACAGAGCCACUGGAAAACAACUAUACUCCCGUUUCUUCUGUGACAAACAUUUCAUCCGGCCACUACCCUGUCCCUACGUUAAGCAGCACUAUAACAGUUAUUGCUCCUGUUCAUCAUGGAAAUAACACUACUGAAAGUUGGUCAGAGUUUCAUGAAGAACAGCUGGACCACAACUCCUAUGGAAGACCUCCACUGCCAAAGAAGCGUUGCAGAGACUACGAUGAAAAGGGUUUCUGCAUGAGAGGAGACAUGUGUCCUUUUGAUCACGGAAGUGACCCUGUCGUCGUAGAGGAUGUGAAUCUUCCAGGCAUACUGCCUUUUCCAGCACAGCCCCCGGUUGUUGAAGGACCACCUCCGCCGGGACUCCCGCCACCACCACCUAUUCUUACUCCUCCUCCUGUAAACCUCAGACCUCCAGUUCCACCUCCAGGCCCUUUACCACCCAGCCUUCCACCUGUUACUGGACCACCCCCUCCGCUUCCACCUUUACAGCCAGCUGGUAUGGAUGCUCCCCCAAAUUCUGCAACCAGUUCAGUUCCUACAGUUGUAACAACGGGUAUUCAUCACCAGCCACCACCUGCUCCGCCCUCUCUCUUUACAGAGUCCUAUGACACAGAUGGCUAUAAUCCUGAAGCACCAAGUAUAACCAGCACUUCAAGACCCAUGUAUAGGCACAGAGUGCAUGUCCAAAGACCAAAUUUGAUAGGACUUACAUCAGGUGAUAUGGACCUGCCACCAAGAGAAAAGCCUCCUAAUAAAAGCAGCAUGAGGAUAGUGGUAGAUUCUGAGUCCCGAAAAAGAACGAUUGGGGCAGGGGAAGGAGUUCCAGCAAAGAAGAAUUGGUUUGACAACUCAAAGACCAUCACCUCGUCACUGUGUUGCAGGCAAAGCUUCAACAGAACAAACAAUCCAGCUUUCCAGAAGAAGGUGCAAUUUGGGAAUGAAAAUACCAAACUUGAAUUGAGGAAAGUUCCUCCAGAGCUUAACAACAUCAGCAAACUCAACGAGCACUUCAGCAAAUUUGGGAACUUAGUAAAUCUGCAGGUUGCCUACCAGGGAGAUCCAGAAGGUGCUCUCAUUCAGUUUGCCACCCACGAAGAAGCGAAGAAAGCGAUCUCGAGCACAGAAGCAGUAUUGAAUAAUCGAUUUAUUAAAGUCUACUGGCACAGAGAAGGAAGUGGACCACCAAUGCCGACUACAGUGCAGAAGGUAAUACAGCCUUUAGUCCAGCAGUCCAUCUUGCCAGUUGUGAAGCAGUCAGUCAAGGAACGACUCGGUCCGGUACCUGUCAGUAACAUGGAGCCUGCAGAACCUCAGAGUGCCACUACAGAACCUGUUCAGAAUGUAACAAAACUAUCUGUGAAGGAGAGACUGGGGUUUGUGCCUAAGCCACCUACUCCCACCACUGAAAAGGUCUUGUCUACUUCUACUGGCUUGACAAAAACAGUCUAUAACCCAGCUGCUUUGAAGGCAGCUCAGAAAACGUUGCCUGUUGUAAACGCUUCCGUGCUAGACUCUAGUGAAGCACAGAAGAAAAAACAGGAGGCACUAAGACUUCAGCAAGACGUGAGGAAGAAAAAGCAAGAGAUUUUAGAAAAACACAUUGAAACACAAAAGAUGCUCAUCUCAAAGCUGGAGAAGAAUAAAAACAUGAAGUCAGAGGACAAGGCAGAAAUCAUGAAAACUCUGGAGACUUUGACCAACAGCAUCACCAAAUUGAAGGACGAAUUGAAAGGGGUCUCUGCCCCAGCACCCACUCCGCUGAAGAACAUGAAAACAAAGACACAGAUGCAAAAAGAAUUACUGGACACCGAGCUGGACUUGUACAAGAAGAUGCAGGCUGGGGAAGAAGUCACCGAACUAAGAAGAAGGUACACAGAGCUGCAGCUUGAAGCCGCGAAACGAGGAAUUCUUUCUUCAGGUCGUGGUAGAGGAGUUCAUACUCGAGGCCGGGGUGUAUCACGUGGCAGAGGUAGGGGCGUGCGAGGCCGUGGCCGAGGAAGAGGCGUUCCCAAUCAUGCUGUGGUGGAUCACCGUCCUAGGGCGCUUGAGAUCUCUGCUUUUACAGAGAAUGAUCGAGAAGAUCUCCUUCCUCAUUUUGCGCAAUAUGGUGAAAUCGAAGACUGCCAGAUAGAUGACUCAUCUCUCCAUGCAGUGAUUACUUUCAAGACCAGAGCAGAAGCUGAAGCGGCCGCUGUCCAUGGGGCUCGAUUCAAAGGACAAGACCUGAAGUUGGCCUGGAACAAGCCAGUCACAAAUAUGUCUGCUGUGGAAACAGAGGAGACAGAACCGGAUGAAGAAGAAUUUCAGGAGGAAUCUUUGGUAGAUGACUCACUGCUUCAAGACGACGACGAAGAUGACGACGACAAUGAAUCUCGUUCUUGGAGAAGAUGAUUCAGCUGAUCAAUGCUAGAACUGUACCUAUGUUGCAUUAGCAUUUCCUAAAGUACUUUUGCAUAUUUGUACUACGAGGCAUUUGGGUAAAACUGAUGGAUUUUCAGAAAAGGCAUAAGCCGCUGACCCUGUAUUUUGAGUGAUCGAUGUUCGAGUUGCAUUUACAUUUCGGUAAAUGAUUGCUAAAGACAUCAUAUUAGGAACAUAUGCAAUGUUUUUAUUACUUCUACUGAAACAUUACAGAAUUCUUUGGGUUCUUUGUAAUUUAAAGAAUUGGUCACACAAACAAAAAAAUCGACCAAGAGUUGUU